CGAAGUAUUUUGGGGGAAAAAGAUGCAAAUAAUCCACAAGUUCUUGUUGAUAAUGUAGAACAAGAAAGUAGACUGGCGAAUCUUUCUAAUGAUACUAAUAAUAAACAAAGUUUUAUUUGGAAUUAUCUGGAAAAGUUACCAUCUACAGAAAAGUAUAAGAAACGUGUCAAGUGUCUUGUCAAAAUUUCUGGUCAACCUUGCGGACAUAUAAUGGGAUCUGAUGGUAGUACUGGAAAUUUUAUUUUUCAUUUAGCAAAGCAUCGUAUUACACGUGAUAGUGAUCUAUCACAGAAUAAUGAAAAUGUUGAUGAAACUCAAAAUAUUUCUGCCAAAAAAAAUCGAUUAGAUAGAAAGUUUGUUGGAAUUAUUAUAAAAGAUGAUCAACCAAUAAGCAUUAGAAAUGAUGAAGGGUUUCGCGAAUUUGUGAAAGAAUUAGAUCCACUUUAUGAAUUACCAAGCGAUAAAAAAACCUUUGGACAUCAAGGAGCAGAGCUG